UUUAACACGCGCGCUCGUGUUUCCAAGCCGCACCUCUGGAGCUGCGCGAGCGCAGCCGCCGCCGCUGCAGCUGCUGUGCGUGUGGCUCCGCGCGCGCGUCUUCUAGUACCCGUCAGUCGGUGGAGGUGAUGACGUGCCGACGGUGCGCCCACCCACGCUCCAACGUAUUUUCGAGGCGAGAUCUCGCGGAUUUGAUCGCGACGGACGUUCGGGGAAGCUGUGCGCUGUCGGUGCGCGUUGGAGGCUGAGGACGCUGCGGUGCGCAUCUCUCGAUAAACAGCGGGGAGGAUGCUGCAGUCGGCACGCGGCUCUGCCCAGGGGAAACACGCGCCUCUUCUUCCUCAUCCCUUUUCUUCAAUUGCUUUCGAUUCACCUGCGCGCGUUUCCAAAAAAAAUUGAGCAUGCAUUACUUUAAAUACCGGUAUCCGCAAAAAUAAGCGUUGCAGGAUGUUGCACCCCGCGUUGCGCACCCGAUACUAUUCUGUGCGUAUGGAGAGACUGGGACAAAUAUCUGUAAUAUAAAAGUCAAAAACAUGACCAACAUUCUGACACUGAAAUUCUAGAUUUUAGAUAUUUGAACGUCUAUAAUCGAUUAUUGGAUACAAAAAAACAGCAAAAAGAAGGGAAAAAAGAUGAUAGCGUUCAGCUUGACAUCGAUACAGCACCUGGAGCCGAAAAGAAAAAGAAAAGUCACGGAUGCGCGAGCCGGAGGAGGGAGGUGUGUGUAUCUGAGUGUAAUAUCAGUGAUUGGACCUGCAGCCGAAACAGGGACAGAUAAAGGACAGAAGGACGGCUCUGCCUGAGAGAUCGUAACAUCAGCAUGUAUUGCACUGCAGCGGAUGAUUGUUGUUCAUUUUUAUGUAUUUAAUUUCUUCUUUUUUUUUCAUUUCUUUUUUUUUUUACUUAAUUCGACUUCAUUUCAACAGAUUUUUGAGGUUAACAUCUUUACUUUAAAUGCUGCAUGAAAUAUUUACGCUUUCCUAAAGCAGAUGAUAGCAAGCCUACUGAUGUGAAUGAAUACUUUAUCAGCUGCACUCACUUAUUUUAAUUGCUUAUGAUACUAGAACACAAGCACAGUAUAAACAGUGAACUACACCAGCUAGGCCUUCUCCAGAGAAACUACCUAAUUUACCUCUCCAUGCAGACAGUCUUAACAUUUUUAGUAUAUUCAGAAAUAAUUUUAUCUAAGAAAGCGCACUGAGGCUGUACAGUGAAGAUCCUGCUGGACAUUUCUGAUGCCAAACCCCAUGAGGUGGUACUGACUUUGGUGUGGACUCUGUGCGGACUUGGGUUGGGCCCAACACCACUGUCUUACCUGACCUGCCUAAAAGAUUCAGAGAACUGAGGGAAAGCUGUGAUGGAUGUCUUAAAGAGGGAGGCAGUCUGGAAAGACUCAUUUUCUGCCACUUUGUAGACUUUUCCCUCUAAGCUCCACAGACUUGCACUCAGAUACAGAGACAGACGGACUAAUCUAAGAGAAGGCCUGCAAGACUGAAGCCUCCUCUUUCUUUGAGCACGCUCGUGCUCGCAGAAAGAGCUUUGCCACAGUGAGGCAGAGAAGCAUGGAAACUCCGCCCACUGCCCCUCCCCAGCAAUUCCGUCAGUCGAGUUUUCUUAGCCGCCGUCUGAAAAGCUCAAUUAAGCGAGCCAAGAGCCAGCCCAAACUUGAUCGCACCGGAAGCUUCCGCCACAUGAUUCUCCCACGAUUCCGCAGUGCUGACCAGGAAAGAACACGUCUGAUGCAGAGCUUCAAGGAGUCUCAUUCCCACGAGUCCUUGCUGUCGCCGAGCAGCGCGGCCGAGGCGCUGGACCUCACGCUGGACGAGGAUGCCAUCAUCAAGCCCGUCCACUCCAGCAUCCUCGGCCAGGAGUACUGCUUUGAGGUAACAACAGCUUCAGGCACAAAGUGUUUCGCCUGCCGAUCGGCUGCUGAGCGGGACAAGUGGAUCGAGAACCUCCAGCGAGCUGUUAAACCCAACAAGGAUAACAGUCGUCGGGUGGACAAUGUUCUUAAAUUGUGGAUUAUCGAGGCCCGGGAUCUUCCACCUAAAAAGCGCUACUACUGCGAGUUGUGUCUGGAUGACAUGUUGUAUGCUCGCACCACCAGCAAGCCUCGAACAGACACAGUAUUCUGGGGUGAGCACUUUGAGUUCAACAACCUCCCUGCUAUCCGGAGCCUGCGCCUGCACCUCUACAAGGAGACGGACAAGAAGCGUCGCAAGGAGAAAAGCACAUAUCUUGGCUUGGUCAGCAUUCCCAUCUCAAGCAUCACAGGCCGUCAGUUUGUGGAGCAAUGGUACCCAGUCAUUCAGCCCAGUGUCCUUGCAAAGGGCGGUGGUGUGGGCAGUGGCAAGGUCAUUAAUGCAUCACUGAGGCUCAAAUCACGCUACCAGACUAUGAGCAUCCUGCCCAUGGAGCUGUAUAAGGAGUUUGCAGAGUAUGUGACGAAUAAUUACCGCACUCUAUGUGCCGUCCUGGAGCCACUCUUGAGUGUGAAGAGCAAGGAGGAAGUGGCCUGUGCCCUAGUGCACAUCUUACAGAGCACUGGCAAGGCCAAGGAUUUUCUGUCGGACAUGGCAUUGAGUGAGGUAGAUCGGUUCAUAGACAGAGAACACCUGAUCUUCAGGGAGAACACACUGGCGACCAAAGCCAUAGAGGAGUACCUCAAACUUGUUGGACAUCGCUACCUUAAAGACACCAUUGGUGAGUUUAUUCGUGCACUGUAUGAGUCAGAGGAAAAUUGUGAGGUGGACCCCAUGCGAACCCCACCUUCCAUGCUCCCAGACCACCAGGCCAACCUACGCAUGUGCUGUGAACUUGCACUUUGCAAGAUCAUCAACUCCCAUUGUGUUUUUCCACGGGAGCUGAAGGAAGUAUUUGCAUCAUGGCGUGUGCGUUGUGCUGAAAGAGGUCGUGAGGAUAUUGCAGACCGGCUCAUCAGUUCCUCGCUAUUCCUGCGCUUCCUGUGCCCAGCCAUCAUGUCUCCAUCACUGUUCAACCUGACGCAGGAGUACCCAUCUGAGCGCACAUCCCGAACCCUCACGCUCAUCGCCAAGGUGGUGCAGAGCCUGGCCAGCUUCUCCAAGUUUAGUGGUAAAGAGGAUCAUAUGAUGUUUAUGAAUGAGUUCCUGGAGAUGGAGUGGGGAUCCAUGCAGCAGUUCCUCUAUGAGAUCAGUAAUGUGGACUGUGGUAGUAACGCAGGGGCGUUUGAGGGUUACAUCGACCUCGGCCGAGAGCUCUCUAUCCUACACAGCCUGCUCUGGGAAGUCAUGGCCCAACUAAGCAAGGAUGCUAUCCUGAAGCUAGGACCCUUGCCACGCUUGCUAAAUGACAUCAGUGUGGCUCUAAGGAACCCACAGCUGCACCGGCAGGCAAGUCACCAGCCGCCUGAACGCCACAUCGCACGGCCGCCCUACAGCCGCCCAGCCACUAAUGACUUCCAGAGCCUGAUGAUGAGGGAGCAGAACAGUUCUAUAGAUAUAUCUCGUCUACCAUCUCCUACCUCCGGAGGCGGAGCUCUCUCUCACCCGGGCAUGGCUGGUUUUGAAAGAGAUCACCGUGGCAACAAAGAAGUGUUCUAUGUGGCACGCCCACCUUUAGCCCGCUCGAGUCCUGCCUACUGCACAAGCAGCUCUGACAUCACUGAGCCAGACCCGAAGGUCCUGAGUGUGAAUAAGAGUGUAUCUAUGAUGGACCUGCAGGACUCACGCAUCAACAGCGUUUCCAACCUGCACUCUGUUAACGACAUGCUGAACUCGUCGCAGGGCUCCAUCGCUGGACUGGGCAGUUUUGGGGGCGCUCCACUGCGACUUGGGGGCAUGAGGUUCAGUCAUUCGGGUGGCCUGGCCUCAGACUCGCUCUCUCAGCAGCAGCAGCAUGCGGCAGCUGCCAUGCACGUGCCGCUCUCCUUCCAGAACCCUCUGUUCCACUUGGCUUCAGAUGGGCCUCAGUACCAUGGUCCACCCCAUGCCUCACACGCCCCACCGCUCCUACUCGCCCCGGAGCCCGAGAACGGGCACGCAGGCUUCGGGGUGCCAGCCUUCGGCCAUGGCGGGUUCUCUCGCAGUGAAGAUCUCUCAGCCUUGCGCACACAGAACAGCCUUGUGCAGCCUAGCAUCGUCCACUCACACAGCUACAGUGACGACUACACCCGGCACAACCAGGCUGACUACGCACGCCGACAGCUUUCACUGCAGGUGCAGGAGAAUCUCCAUCAGCAGGUAUUAAUGGGCAUGGCUCCUCAGACUGCUACUGGCACCGGAACACCCGCCUCAGUCGCAACGCCUCCGGCCACCAUGCAUCCUGUACGUCAGGCCUCUAUGGCUCCUCCUCCUACACAGCGCAUAAAGCCUCAGCCUUCCCACCAACUGUCAGUCAGCUCAGCCGCUAACUCCACCCCACCCAAGGUCCGACCACAGAGCGGAAACCUCCUUCAGUCACCUGAGUCAAGUUUUGGAGCAAGGCCGUUACCACGGCAGCAGCUUUCCGUUAAGGACAGCCCUGCCCCUGGUCUCCCUCACCAAUCCAGCACGGCCAGUGAUAACCAGCAGCAACAGGGGGGCGCUAGUGAGAAUACAGAGAAUGCACAGAGCGAUACUCCUGCUAAAACUGCCCAACAAUCCAACCAACAGCACCUACUAAAACCAACAACUAACAAGCAGGGCUCUAAGUCUCCAUCCACACUGAACCCUCCGACCCCUGCAUCUGAGCGGACAGUCGCCUGGGUGUCCAACAUGCCACACCUGUCAGCUGACAUUGAGAGCCUGCGUGUGGACAGAGAGGACCUGAAACUUAAGGAGCACUCUAAGAGCAUGGACGAGUCUCGGCUGGACCGGGUGCGUGAGUAUGAGGAGGAGAUCCACUCCCUGAAGGAACGGCUGAUGAUGUCCCACCGUAAGCUGGAGGAGUAUGAACGCAGGCUGCACUCCCAAGAGCAGCAGACCAACAAGAUCCUGCUGCAGUACCAGAGCCGGCUGGAUGACAGCGAGAGGAGACUGAGGCAGCAGCAGCUGGAGAAAGACUCGCAGAUCAAAGGCAUCAUCAACAGAAUAAGUGGCAUCAAAUCCAGCCGUGAUUUGAGAGCAAUUGAUGAAUCAGCUUCAGCUGCAUGGAAACAAGCCCCUGCCCAGCUGAUGGCGGUGGAGGAUGAGUUGAGAGGCAGUGGCGUUUCUGACCUCAAAUCCCGAAUAUUUACAGGAGAGCCGAUCUAUGGUGGGCACACCGGAACAUGAUUGGACCACAGCAGCACGACAGGAUAUGUGACUGGACCCAUGCCAGUCCAGGAACCUCUCUUGUUUCUGAAUGGUUGAGAGAGGAGAGAGAAAGAGGAAGAGCCUGAGAAAAAAAACACAAAACAAAACCACGCUCUGACACAUCAAACCCCAAAAAGCACACAAAAUCACGUACACAAGAGCACAUUCUUUAUGUCUCUCUACUUCUUUCUCUCCCUCUCUUUUCCUCCCUGAG